UUGGUCUUUUUGGUGUAGAAAGUGUAAUCGUUCCUCAAAACAAGCGGAAGCCAAAGCCGAACUGAAGUAUGUGGCUGCAGAAUUAAACAGCUAAGAUCUGGCUUCUCACAUACUGCUCUGCACCCUGGUUCUGUCUGUGUUUACAUGAAAUGGGCUACAGUAAAGUUAAAGGGUGUGUGCACAGUUUUGCAGUAAGAUACCGGCUGCCGGCAGUCUCGUGUGAAAUAUGUGAUUAAACAAGGGGAUUACAGGCUCUUGCCCAACGGGUUGUAGUUCUUGCUUCUAAUUCCUCACACCCUUUCCUCAUUUCACUUCUCCAUUUUAAGGCAAAACAUACCCUUUUAUUUCAAUAGUAUGCAAUUUAUGAUUCGUCAUGGUUGUCAGUAAUCUUCCUUUGCUGAAGAAAGGAAAAACAAAUACUACUACCAUAGGGAACAUAAGAAUAUGUUUUAUGAGUCACUGAGGAGGUCACUGUAAGAAGUGACAAAAUAAAACCCGAGUCUGGGACACGUGCUCCGCAGACCCAGGGAUAAAGCUAUGUUACUUACACACUUACCGAGCAGAAGUCUCCGCAGUUUUGCAUUAAGAUUUCUUCGCUAUGUGGCGUUACUGGUUUGUCCCCAAGAUUGUCAUGAGGCACUCCACAAGUUUAGGCUGAUUAGAACAAAGAUGAACAGAUAAAGAAAGAGCAUUGAGCAACUGUAAGGAACCAUAAAGCAAUAUGCUAGAGAAGAUGAGAUCUCUCAAGAACUUUUUUCUUUAUGAGUGUCUGUUUUCAUUAACUUUUUGGAACAGUGUCAGCUUGUCAGUGGAAAAUGAACUCUUUACAUCUGCUUCUCAUAAUUUUCCAGAAGCUGGUUCUGACAACAAAAUCAAGAGCCUGCCACUUAUGUAUACAAAUAGUCAUAAGUCCAAAGCUAGUUUUGAUUGGGUUGUAAUACAAAAUACUACAGAAAGCCUAUCACUAUCAGAAAUCAAAAAUGAAGAUGUAGAAAAAUUAAUAGCUUUGUUAUCAAAUUUCAAAAAAGGCUCAAGGUUACAAAAUCUGACAUUGGCGAAUAUUUCAGUGGACUGGAAAGAUUUUACUGAAAUUCUUCAGACUGCAUGGCAUUCAUCCAUUGAAUACUUAAAUAUCAACAAUAUGACACAGUUAUCAGACAUUGAAAAAUACGAUUUUAGCUAUUCUGAUACCUCUAUGAAGGCAUUGACAAUGAAGAAGAUUUUAAUCACAGAUUUAUAUUUUUCACAGGAUGACUUAUACAGAAUAUUUUCAGACAUGAACAUUGCAGCCUUGACAGUAGCUGAAUCAGAGAUGAUACAUAUGUUGUGUCCUUCCUUUGACAGUCCCUUUAAAUACUUAAAUUUUUUAAAGAAUGAUUUAACAGAUCUGCUUUUUCAAAGAUGUGAAAAAUUAAUUCACUUGGAGAAGUUUAUCUUGCAGAGAAAUAAAUUUGAGAGCCUUUCCAAGGUGAGCUUCAUGACCAGCCAUAUGAAAUCACUGAAAUAUUUGGACAUGAGCAAAAACUUGCUGCAUCACGAUGGGGCUGAGGGGCGCUGCGAGUGGGCGAACUCACUGGCAGAGCUGGACUUGUCCUCCAAUCAGUUGACGGAGUCUGUGUUUGAGUGCUUGCCCGUCAAUAUCCAAAUCCUGGAUCUACAAAACAACCAGAUCGCAAGCGUCCCGAGGGGGAUUGCUGAGCUGAAGUCCUUGAAAGAGCUGAAUCUUGCAUCAAACCGGCUGACUGACCUGCCCGGGUGCAGCGGCUUUCCUGCCCUGGCAGCCCUGAACAUAGAGAUGAACUCAAUCCUCACGCCGUCUGCCGACUUCUUCCAGAGCUGUCAAAGGGUGGGGGAGCUACAAGCAGGGCACAAUCCGUUCAAGUGCUCCUGCGACCUGCGAGACUUCAUCCGCCUGGAGAAGCAGUCUGGGGGGAAGCUGUCGGGCUGGCCGGGGGCCUACGUGUGCCGGUACCCAGAAGACUUGCAGGGAACCCAGCUGAAGGACUUUCACUUGAGUGAACUGUCUUGCAACACCACUCUCUUGCUUGUGACAGCUCUGCUCCUGACGCUGGUGCUGGUGGCUGUCGUGGCCUUUCUGUGCGUCUACUUUGAUGCGUUGUGGUACGCGCGGAUGAUGUGGCAGUGGACGCAGAUGAAGCGGAGGGCUUGGCACAGCUACCCCCAAGAGCAGGAGAACAUGCUGCAGUUUCACGCUUUCAUUUCAUACAGCGAACGUGAUUCUUUGUGGGUGAAGAACGAGCUGAUCCCAAACCUGGAGAAGGGGGAGGGCUGUGUGCAGCUGUGCCAGCACGAGAGGAAUUUCAUCCCGGGCAAGAGCAUUGUGGAGAAUAUCAUUGACUGCAUAGAGAAGAGCUACAAGUCGGUCUUUGUGCUGUCUCCCAACUUUGUGCAGAGCGAAUGGUGCCACUAUGAGCUGUACUUUGCCCAUCACAAGUUAUUUAGUGAGAACUCCAAUAGCUUAAUCCUCAUUUUACUGGAGCCGAUCCCUCCGUAUGUCAUUCCUGAAUCUCUUUAUUGUCGGGGUUUUUCUUUUUGGGGGGGGCAGUGA